CAAGAAGCUACUAGAUUUGUGUGUUCAUUCGUAGAUUGUGCCAUGUGGUAUCCGCACUACGCCAAGUCACCAGGCUGGGGAUAUUGGGGAGGCUGUGGCGGUGGGCCCCACCCAUGGGGCCCGCCAGUGCCACCACGACCACCGCAACGAAUGCCAGAAACAAGCAGCCCAGGAGCCCCAAUGGCCACAUCAAAAUCUGCAGGACGAAGCUUGAUUUCGUUGGCGGAGCUUGUCAACUCCAAUGAGGUCUUCACCUUCGGACUCUGCCACUUUGUCCGGGAGGUCCAGAGCAGGUCGAAGAAAAGCACGUACUUUCCCUAGGCGAUGUGGAACGUUUCCUGAGAUGAGGACCUCAACCGCGACUUCAGUCAUCGCCUUCAUCCAAAUGCAAAGUUGGAGCUAGACGAGCACCUGAAUGACCUCAUUCAGAGUGAAUUGAACGAAGAAGCAGAGGACGAUGUCUUCAUUGCAUCCUUUCACAUGCCUGAAACACAGCCAGGCAGUGCGCCGCAGGCUGAAGAAUCUCCUGCAGGUCAGACCCUGCCUCGAGGUGAUCAACAAGGUGAUGUCAACAUGGCAGGCGCUGCUCCUGAGCUCGUGCCUCAAGGCACGGCUACAGAGCCAGCUGCGGAAGGCCAAAGCAGCAACGCGCCUGAACCAGAUGCCGAUGAAUCGAGUGAUGAGAGCGAAGAAUGCGCCAUGGAGGCUGAAAACCAGAAGGAGGAACAGCAGGUUCCUCUGAGAUCAGGCCCUCGUGGACGAAGCGGCUGUGCCAUUUUGUCACCCGCAGGGCGCCGUGGGGCGAUUGAGGCUUUGAGGGCCAUGAGGCUGAAAGAAUUGAAGAAGGCUUCGCAGGGGCAGAAGCUGGAGAUCCAGCUAGGCCAAAUCAGAUACAGUCAGGACUCCAUAAUGGGGGUCUUCAAAGAAGGACGAAAGUUGAAGGAGACCAGACUUGGUCUUGAAUCAGGACAGUUGAGUCUCAACAAGAUUCCUGCGAUUUCGGUGGUCCUCAGUGAUGGUGAGGUCGUAAGCGCGGACAACCGACGCCUCUGGACCUUCAAGCACUGUGGAAUGCCCAAUAAUACACGCAUUCCUGUGAUCAAGAAGAGGCCAGACGACCUUUUCAACAAGAAGCUCACGACUUUCAGUCAAGGGCUGUCCAUUGCGCGGAGGAACAACAAAGCUGACUACUGAUGGAAAAAAGAGCGGCCGAGACGG